AUGGCGUCAAACAAGAGGACGACUAGCAUGGAAGACCUUUUCAAAAAGCAAGACAGAGAGAUACUUGCACAUACUAAUACUUAUGGUUCAGGUGGAAUUAGGUUCAAGGGAAAUGCAAGCGACGUUCUUUCUCUAUUGAACCAGCUCAGGUUCGAAGGAGAAGGGGGAUUUUGCGACGUGAUCCUGGAAGUAGAAGGAAGACAAUUGGCCACUCAUCGAUGUAUUUUGGCGGCAAGCAGCCAAUUUUUUUAUAACAUGUUUAGCAGUGGUAUGAAAGAAUCGAACCAAACACACGUUAAGUUGCAUUCGGUUAGCUUCGACUCAGUGUCGCUCAUUCUUGAUUAUUUUUACACGCGAGAGAUCGUUAUAAACGACGACAACGUGUUGGAGUUGCUCAACACUGCAAGCUUUCUUCUUGUCACCCCAGUGAAAAAGGCGUGCAUUAAACUUCUCCACAGACAGUUAAGCGGUGAAAAUUGCUUCAGUAUCCUACAAGUAGCGGAGAAGUUUGGCGCAAGUAAUCUUGCGAAGACGGCAAGCAACGCCAUUAAAUCGAACUUUUUCUCUGUGGUGAACAAUGACGAAUUUGUUUCCAUUUCAAAGAAGAGUCUGAUAAACUUCAUAUCGAGUGAUGAAAUUCAAGUGGAAAGGGAGGAAGAGGUCUACCAAGCUGUACUGAAGUGGGUUAAGCAUGAUGAAGUUAAUCGUGCCUCAGAUUUACCUGAAUUACUAAGCCAUCUGAGAGGGAAGUCUUUGCCUGAAGGGUUCCUAAAAUCUGAAAUGACCAAAGAGCCACUUCUCGCUGCCUUCUCCAGUCUUUUAGAACCUUCCAAGAGCAAGACCGAAACAAGAAGGACAAAUGGGGAUCAUGGAAGGAGAACAGGCACUGAUGACAAACCAGAAGCUGAGAGGACAAGACCCUCUACUGAAUUGCAUGAUGUCAUGAUUGGAAUUAGUUCUAUACUGUUUAGUUCCCAAAAAGCAUUCUGUUAUGAUUUGGACAAGAAAGAAACAUUUGUUCUACCAGAGAUUCCUGAGGUGCAUUCCGCUCCAAAAGUGGCAGUUGUUGGACGCUCUCUGUACAUAAUUGAUGGGUUUAAGUUUCAUCAUGUAAAUGGCCCCACAAAAUUAAGUGCUUUGUGUCUUGAUGAAGUGCAGAAUGAGAAGUCUUCUCUUAGUUUUAGUAUGUACCCACAAUGGAAGACUAAAAGACCUUGUACAGAUAGCAGGACAGAGGCUUCCGUGGCGGAACUUAAUGGGCUGUUGUAUUACAUUGGUGGAUGGCGUGAUGAUGAAAUUAGCUUGAAGACAGUAGAGUGUUACAAUCCUGAAAUUGACAAGUGGGUGUUCUGUGCAAGCUUAAACACUUCCAGAUCUAGGUCAGGCUGUGUGGUAGGGAAUGAUCACAUUUACAUCAUCGGUGGUGUGACAGUUCUUGAGCCAUUGAAUUUUAGAUCACUUCUUUCAAGUGUUGAAAGGUUUGUUUGAGUUACUUAGAAGUUUUUAAUUUAUUUCUUACGUGGAAGUUAUACAGAAUAUAUAGAUAAGUUAUUGUCUACCUUGGCACAUUGUAACAGUCUACAGUGUCAGUCAAAAUUGUUGGGACACUUUACUGUCUUCUUUACCCUCCCAAUGUUGGUGUGCAAGAUUUGGUGAGUUAACCACAAUAAACAACAUUGGGAGGACGAGGAGACACUGGCCAGAAGUAAAAAAACAGCAUUCAGUGGAAGUGUCCCAACUAUUUUUAUCUGAGACUGUGUUGGAGAAGGAAUUUUAAAGAGAUGUGACAGAUGCCAAGGUUGAGUUGUUACUUGUUCACAGACACCGUUGUAGGGUGUUGGGGUGUCUAUAGUGAUUUUGCGAACGUUUCUACAGCAGUGAACUGAGUUAUUUUUUAUUUCAGUGCAGUACUGGAAAAAUCAAAAGAACUGAGUGUACAGCAUUGCUUUUAGUGUAGGACUGAUUGGGUGAUAAGAGCACAUGUAUAUUUCUGUGUAAAAUUCAUGGCUUUCCCAUAUUGAGGGUUGUUCAAAUGUACCAUUUCUAGAUGAAACGUGUGGUGAAUAAAAAAGGCCUCUUCAAGCAACAAAGAUUGUAAGCAAUACAGCCAAAGGGGAAAAUUCUUCAAAUUAAUUGAAAGAAGCUGAAGACAGCUUUAAAGAGAGAUGAGGCAAUUUUGAGAGAAAGAGGCCAAAUUUUCCUCUUAGCAAUGCAAGAGUCAGGUUUAUAACCCCAAGACAUAUCAAUGAAAACAGCAUCUUUUUUUAUCUUUUUUGUUUAUUUUUUACAUUUUGCAUGCGUAGAUAUUUUUAAGUAAAGUGUUAAUAAUUAUUAUUCAUGGUAAUCACUUUAAUGAAGAGUUAGUGGACAUGUGCAUUAUACAUUAAUACAGACUGUCAAACCUCUAUUAAGUGGUCACCCUUUGGGAAUUAUGGCAUACUGACUGCUCAAUACAGAUUGACCGUUUAAUACAGGUUUGACAAACGUGAGAGUUAUUCAAGAAAACUGAAGGUGGUCAAAGAGUGAAAUAUUUAUCCCACAACAAAUUGACCUCCACCUGUUUCUACCUCUUCUUGGGCCAAAAAAAAAAUGGUUAAAGACCACUUGACGCCACACACAGUACGACCUGUUCCACUAGUAUGAUACGUUUUCUCAAAGUGACUGUUUAAUAGAGGCGAAGACAAUAAAAUAUCAUUCAUUGGGACCUCAGAAAAGGGUAACCGCUUAAUAGAGGUACUCUUAAUACAGGUUCGACUGUAGUCAUGUGUAUAACUAUUAUAAAUUACUAUUAUUUAUUAGUAUUAUUAUUAGAUAAUAAUGAGUUAAGUUCAAUAAAUCAGUCAGUAAUUUAUUCUUACCAAAUUCUCAUGAACCUGUUGGUUGCCUUCGGCAGGUAUGAUCCGGAAGCAGAUUCUUGGUCAUACGUUGCCAGUAUGAAACAGGCAAGGGAACGAUUUAGCUCUGUACACUUGAAUGGCAAGAUCUACGUGAUUGGGGGGCUUCUUCCUGAUUCAACCAACUGUGAAGUAUACUCUCCAAACACGGAUGAGUGGCAUUCCAUUGCAAGUCUACCUUCUCCUGAUCCUGUAGGGCAUGCUAUUGUAGCAAAAAACGAGAUUGUGGUUCCUUUGUCACCUUACAGAAGUCAUGAUUUCCCCCAUGAAGCUUUGAAGUAUAAUGUGCAAUCUAAUGCAUGGCAAAUGGUAGACCAUUUUGGUCCAAACAGAAAGUUGACAUCUUUUACUCUCUGUACCAUUAAGCUGCCUGCAAUGUUUCUGCAAAGGUUGCCCAAAGCAUUAAAUUUAGAAUAUUUUCUUGAAGACUCUAGUGAAGGUGAUACAGAAUUGGAAGAGGAUUCUUGA